AUGGGUCAACAGAAGGGAGGAGGCGCGUCGGAUUUGGUGAAGGGAGCAGUGUUACAAUGCGUGGAGGCAGCGACUUUAGGAAUGCCCUUUGAAGUAUGGAAGACUCGUAUGGGAAAACACCGCAACGAGAGCACAAUUGAGGCAUUUAAUUCAAUAUUACGUCUACGAGGGUUUAGAGGGUUUUGGCAAGGAACAGGACCAAAGCUAAUUGAGAGUGCCUCUAAGGGGGCUGUACUCCUAUAUAGCAAGGGUUUAUAUCCUGGUGGUUCUGCCAUAGCAUUAAGACAAAUGACGAAUUGGGCAUCAAGGCAAGGGUUUACAGAAGUAGCCAGGGAUUAUUUCCUUAAAAAAAAAAUAGCAGCACAGCAGCAGCAGCAGCAGCAGCAGCAACAGCAGGUGCAGCAGCAGAGGCAGCAGAGGCAGCAAAUGGCGGGUGUAAAGCUCAGCGUAACAGAAGAGCUACUCAGUGGAUGUAUUGGUGGUUUAUUAUCAACAUGGAAUCAACCCUUUGAAGUUGCGCGGAUAGAAAUGCAAACAGCAGCAGCAGAAGGAAAAGAUAAAAAAAAUAUUAUUUAUGUAAAUUUAUUUUAA